AUGGCAAUUAAGGUGGAUUUAACAACUGCAUUUGAUAUGAUUGAAUGGAAAUUGCUUCUUAAUAUUCUAUCUAUACUUGGAUUUUCUAACACUUUUUCAGGUUGGAUUGAGGAAUGCAUCUCCACCUCUAGGCUCUCAUUCUUAAUCAACGGGGCUGCUUAUGGCAAUAUGCAACCAACUCGAGGAAUUAGACACGGAGAUCCUCUCUCCCCUUUCAUUUUUGUCACUUAUAUUGAAUUGCUCUCGAGAUUGCUUACUUUUGAGGAAAACAAUGGCAAUUUCAAAGGGAUAAAAAUUUCUAGAACUAGUCAUUCCAUCUCUCACCUCCUCUUUGCUUAUGAUCUUGUCAUCUUUUGUAGGGCAAACACACAAGAUGCAACAUGUAUUAGAAAUACUCUCAAUAAGUUCUCUUUGUGGUCCAGUCAGAAAGCCAAUACCUCUAAAUCCUUGGUCCACUUCAGCAACAACACCCCUCCUCAGCUUAAAGUGGAUAUCUUGAGCAUUCUUGACUUUAAAGAAUGUGACCAUGUGGCUAAACACCCGGGCUUUCCCUUCUGCCACCUCUCAUCUAGGAAGGAAGCUUUCCAAGAAGUUACCAACAAGAUUUCCUCCUGCCUUAGUGGAUGGAAAUCAAAGACUCUUUCUCAAGCCAGUAGAACCAUUCUUUUAAAAGCAGUGCCUCAAGCUAUUCCUACCUAUGUCAUGUCUAUUGAUCUUCUGCCUCUUAGUACAUGCACUCUCAUUUACUCCAUGAUGAGGAAAUUCUAG